UAUCCGCUGUGACGCACACCCCCACAGUCCUGUCCGGAGCGCAGCUCCAAGCUCCAACUGGUAUUCACGUUCAGCCUUUUCCACUGCUCCCUCCCUGACAGACUGAAGUCCCGUUAUUGGGGUCCCACAGGACUCCCUCAGGUGAACGCGGGGAUCACACCCAACCAGCCGGGACAGGACAGGACAGUGGGGAUGACAGAAAAGACUUGGCUGAUCCAAAAAACCCGGCGGUUCUGACGGUGCUGAGCGAAGAGGCGCCGUCCUCCACCACCAGCAACAGCAUGAUGUCCGCUAUAGAGACUGGUGCCGCCGUGUACCAACCUGCACAGCUGCUCAACUGGGUUUACAUGUCUCUGCAAGACAGCCAGAGCAGCGCCUUCGAUGCGUUCAAAGCCGAGUCGGACACUUUCCUGCAGGACAUGAACAACUCCAAGCGCAGCGCCGCUGAUCUGAGCUCCAACUAUCUCAACAACUUCUUCCAGCUGAGGAGCGAGGCCUUAAACAACAAUUUCUACAAGAGCUCCUCGCCCUACGGGUCCAUCAACAAUAUCGUGGACGGCCUGAGUUCUCUGGCGGACCAUUUCUCAGACCUCUCCCUGUCCCCCGAGACACGCAAACACAGCAAAAGGCCCCCACCCAACUACCUGUGCCACCUUUGCUUCAACAAAGGCCACUACAUCAAAGACUGCCCUCAGGCUCGACCCAAAGGUGAAGGCCUGACUCCUUACCAGGGAAAGAAGAGGUGUUUCGGUGAAUACAAAUGCCCCAAAUGUAAGAGGAAGUGGAUGAGCGGGAACUCCUGGGCCAACAUGGGGCAAGAGUGCAUCAAGUGCCACAUCAAUGUUUACCCCCAUAAGCAGCGACCUCUGGAGAAACCGGACGGCUUGGAUGUGUCUGACCAGAGUAAAGAACAUCCACAGCACCUGUGUGAAAAAUGCAAAGUCCUUGGCUACUACUGCCGCCGUGUGCAAUAACCCACUCCUGCUUGACUUCCGCCUUUCAGCAAAAAGGGACAUUUAUAUUUUAAUAACUAAAAUACAUACAUAUGUAUAUAUAUACAUGGCAGUAUAGUUUAUUAUAUCAUAAUGUAUCUAACGGUUUACUUAAUUGAAAUACUCUGACACUGUGACUCUCGGUCUUAGAGGCUCGUUGGCCUGGAUAUUUGCGAUCGCAUCUCUCAGUGGAGACGAGUGCUUUGCGUUUGUGUGUGUGUGCGUGCGUGUGUGUGUGUGUGUGCGUGUGUGCGUGGAGCUCAGACAUUAUGUGAACAUUGAAGUCGUAACUAUGAACAAAGAAUCUUACCAACUGUGAAUUAAAAAAGAAAACUUCCACUCAGCGUCUGUGGGAGUGAAGUUUAAGAGUGAAGUUUCCAGAUGACGAUUCUUUUUACACGUUUGUAUAUUCCAGAAAUAACUUAAAUGUGUUCUGUAUAAAAUAUGCAACAAGUCUUUACUAAGAAGGGUAUGCAGUGUUGAUGUGUAUCUGCAUUAUUGUUUGUAUUAUCAGUACUGGAGGGUACAUAAUUUGUGAAUUAAUUGUCUUUUUUUUUAAUUAUACUUCAUGAAGGAACAUAUUAGCCAACUAACAUUUAUUCUUUAUAUACGUGCCUACAACAAAAAGUGAAUUAUAUCUAUGUUGUUCAACAAUGCAAUAUGGUAAAGGUGUUUUUAUUUCCCAACAAAAUGAGUUACAGCACACUUUAUUUUGGCACGCAGUGUCAGGAGAAACUCAGCAAAGUGUUUUUGUUUUCUUUUUUGGUUAAAUGGGUCAUAGGUUGUGACGUCUCGUAUGUAACGUGAGACAAAAAAUAUCAGUGUGAACCAAAGAUCGGGAAGUAGUUAGUGGAAGGGAGCGUGUGCAUGUUGCUCCAGAAGGUUUUUCCAUGUGUCUGUUACAUUGUAAUGUACGCGCUUUACGAUGCAUGAGACACCAGUUGUGCCUUAGUUUGAGUUCUCCAUGAGAUGGAGCUCUUCAAAUGUUUUUGUAUUAAAAUGCAUUUAAACUUG